AUGGAUAAGCAAGAACUUCAGUUUCAAUCUCAACAUAAUACUCAAGUUCCUAACGAAGUUAGGAAUACUCAAGUUACUAAUGGAUCUAGUAAUGGAGUUAGUGAUACUCAAGUUACUAUUGAAGCUAAUGAAGCUACUAUUGGUAAAAGGAAAAGAGAAGAAUCUGAUACUAUCAAUAUUCCUAAAUCAAAUAGAAAAGCAUCUCAAGUUUGGGAUCACUUUACAAAGCUAGUAGAUUCAAAUCCACCUAGGUCACUUUGCAACUAUUGUGGAAAAGAUUAUGCAUGUGCCUCCAAAACUAAUGGGACAAGUAAUAUGUGGAAUCAUUUAAGGACACAAUGUAAAAAUUCUCCCAUUAGAAAUUCAUUGACAAAACAAACUGUUUUGUGUUUUGAUACCAAAAAAGGUGUUGGAGGUGAUCAUUUGAAAACCACUCACUACAAUUAUGAAGCUUCUAGAAAGUGUUUGACAAAAAUGAUUUUUAAAGACAAAUUAGCUUUUAGUGCAGUCGAGGGUGAAGGGUUUAGAGAAUUCGCUCAAUCUUUAGAAUCUAGAUUUGUUGUUCAUAUUUAUUCGCGCAAUCUCUAA